GGGGCUUGUAGUUCGGAUCUCUCCCAAGCUGGAGGCGCCUGCGCGUUGUCCGCCAACUCGCUCCGGUUGCUGUGGUCGGGGCUCGGGACCGGCUGCCAUCUUAGUCGAGGGACUGGAGAGUCGCCGCCGCCCCGAGUCCCGGUAACAUGCAUGUAACAGUGGCCUUCUGGAGACAGCGCCUUAACCCAAAGAAGUGACUCCGAACGGUGAAAACUUCAGGUUUGCCGUACUGUUUGUGGUAUGUCUGACAGUGGAUCACAGCUUGGUUCAAUGGGUAGCCUGACCAUGAAAUCACAACUUCAGAUUACUGUCAUUUCAGCAAAACUUAAAGAAAAUAAAAAGAAUUGGUUUGGACCAAGUCCGUAUGUGGAAGUCACUGUAGAUGGACAGUCAAAGAAGACAGAAAAAUGCAACAAUACGAACAGUCCCAAAUGGAAGCAGCCUCUUACAGUUAUUGUUACCCCUGUGAGUAAAUUACAUUUUCGUGUGUGGAGUCACCAGACACUGAAAUCUGAUGUUUUGUUGGGAACUGCUGCAUUAGAUAUCUAUGAAACAUUAAAGUCAAACAAUAUGAAAUUUGAGGAAGUAGUUGUGACUUUACAGCUGGUAGGUGACAAAGAACCAACAGAGACAAUAGGAGAUUUGUCGAUUUGUCUUGAUGGACUGCAGUUAGAUUCAGAAGUUGUUACUAACGGUGAAACUACGUGUUCACAAAGUGCUUCACAGAAUGAUGAUGGCUCCAGACCCAAGGAUGAAACAAGAAUGAACACAAAUGGAUCUGACGAACCUGAGGAUGCAGGGUCUGGUGAAAAUAGGAGAGUCAAUGGGAACAAUUCUCCAUCACUCUCAAAUGGCAGUUUUAAACCUUCUAGGCCUCCAAGACCUUCACGACCACCUCCACCUACCCCACGUAGACCAGCAUCUGUCAAUGGUUCACCAUCUACCACUUCUGAAAGUGAUGGCUCUAGUACGGGCUCUCUGCCACCAACGAAUACAAAUUCAAAUACAUCUGAAGGAGCAACAUCCGGAUUAAUAAUUCCUCUUACUAUAUCUGGAGGCUCAGGCCCUAGACCAUUAAAUCCUGUACCUCAAGCUACCCUCCCACCUGGUUGGGAGCAGAGAGUGGACCAGCAUGGACGAGUUUACUAUGUAGAUCAUAUUGAAAAAAGAACAACAUGGGAUAGACCAGAACCUCUACCUCCUGGUUGGGAACGGCGGGUUGACAACAUGGGACGUAUUUAUUACGUUGACCAUUUCACAAGAACAACGACGUGGCAGAGGCCAACAUUGGAAUCUGUCCGGAACUAUGAACAAUGGCAGCUCCAACGAAGUCAGCUUCAAGGAGCUAUGCAGCAGUUUAACCAGAGAUUCAUUUAUGGGAAUCAAGAUUUGUUUGCUACAUCACAAAAUAAAGAAUUUGAUCCCCUCGGUCCCCUGCCACCUGGAUGGGGUAAGUCACAUGAAUUUUUAAAAUUGAAUUCAGUUAUUUUAAUGAUCAGGUGUUUAUGGGUAGAUGGUACACUCUGCUCUUGCUUGAGUGAAAUUCUAGGAAGCUUUUUGGGUUUACAAAAUACUGGACUAAAUGGUUUUCUGGAAGUUUCUACUGCAUUUAUGGCUAUUUUUACUUUUUGUACUUGGCAAACAAGCAAGUCUUCAACAUUUACUUGUUAUGUAUUUUCCUAUGUUUUAUAUAGUCAAUUAAAUGAAAAGCCCUUACCUGAAGGCUGGGAAAUGAGAUUUACAGUGGAUGGAAUUCCAUAUUUUGUGGACCACAAUAGAAGAACAACCACUUAUAUAGAUCCCCGCACUGGAAAAUCUGCCUUAGACAAUGGACCCCAGAUAGCCUAUGUACGGGACUUCAAGGCAAAGGUUCAGUAUUUCCGGUUCUGGUGUCAGCAACUGGCCAUGCCACAGCAUAUAAAGAUUACCGUGACAAGAAAAACAUUGUUUGAGGAUUCUUUUCAGCAGAUAAUGAGCUUCAGUGCCCAAGAUCUGCGAAGACGUUUGUGGGUGAUUUUUUCAGGAGAAGAAGGUUUAGAUUAUGGAGGUAUAGCAAGAGAAUGGUUCUUUCUUUUGUCACAUGAGGUGUUGAACCCAAUGUAUUGCCUGUUUGAAUAUGCAGGGAAGGAUAACUACUGCCUGCAGAUAAAUCCUGCUUCUUACAUCAAUCCGGAUCACCUGAAAUAUUUUCGUUUUAUUGGCAGGUUUAUUGCUAUGGCUCUGUUCCAUGGGAAAUUCAUAGACACAGGUUUUUCUUUGCCAUUCUAUAAGCGUAUCUUGAACAAACCAGUUGGGCUCAAGGAUUUAGAAUCUAUUGAUCCAGAAUUUUACAAUUCUCUCAUCUGGGUAAAAGAAAACAAUAUUGAGGAGUGUGGUUUGGAAAUGUAUUUUUCCGUCGAUAAAGAAAUUUUGGGUGAAAUCAAGAGUCAUGAUUUGAAACCCAAUGGCGGCAAUAUUCUUGUAACAGAAGAAAAUAAAGAGGAAUAUAUCAGAAUGGUAGCUGAAUGGAGGUUGUCUCGUGGUGUUGAAGAACAGACACAAGCUUUCUUUGAGGGCUUUAACGAAAUUCUUCCCCAGCAGUAUUUGCAAUAUUUUGAUGCAAAGGAAUUAGAGGUCCUUCUGUGUGGAAUGCAAGAGAUUGAUUUGAAUGACUGGCAAAGACAUGCCAUCUACCGUCAUUACACUAGGACAAGCAAACAAAUCUUGUGGUUUUGGCAGUUUGUUAAAGAAAUCGAUAAUGAGAAGAGAAUGAGACUUUUGCAGUUUGUUACUGGAACCUGCCGAUUACCAGUCGGAGGAUUUGCUGACCUCAUGGGGAGCAAUGGACCACAGAAAUUCUGCAUUGAAAAAGUUGGGAAAGAAAACUGGUUACCCAGAAGUCAUACCUGUUUUAACCGCCUGGAUCUGCCACCCUAUAAGAGCUAUGAGCAACUGAAGGAAAAGCUGUUAUUUGCCAUUGAAGAAACAGAAGGAUUUGGACAAGAGUGACUUCUGAGAACUUGCACCGCCAAAGGAAAAGAACUUAUUUGCAAUGUUUGUCCUUUUCCUUCUCUGCCUAUUGCACAUCUGGUUAUAAAAUUGGACUGUGACUGUUUAGAGAGUUAUCUUGAGUGUAAGUAAAUUAAUGUUAUCAUUGAGAUUUAUCUCCUAGUGAUUCUGGCUUUCUUCUCAGCAUUUCCAGAAAUCAGAUCUGCAAAUGACUAGUCAAAACUUUACUUAACAUGAGAUUUAACAGAGCAAUGAAAUCUGCUUUGUCUUAUUCCACUAGAUUGUUUCCUUAACAAGUCUGUAUAUGAGUGUCAGAAGUCUCCCUUGGGAGUAGGUUUUUUUCUGUUAGAGAUUUUGUAGAUAUGCGGGGAAGUCCUUUGGUAACUAAAAUAUGUAAGAUCUUCCUAUUAAGCCUCCUGGUAAGAGGUAUUUGUUUAAAAGGACAAGCUUAACUCAGUUUCUGGGGACAUGAGCAAAUUUCUGGCUUGUGCUCUCCCUCUCAUUUCAGCCUGGCGUGACUGUUGUUUUUCCUUUCCAGAGCAUGAAUCCGUGCAUCAUUUUGAUGUUAUUAUUCCUGGAAAGGAGAGAUGCAGGGCUCUUGCAUCUCUCUACAAAGUAGUUUUAUAAAUUUGAAUUUGGGGAGAACUUGGUCCUAGCCUGCAAAUGACUUCAUAACUCUCUUCAUUUGGAAGUUUGAUUGUUUUAAUUGCCCUGCAAAUACUAAACUUUACAAACAGUAUUAACACUGUGCUUCCUUCACUAUAGAUACAAAAGUCAACCUAGAAUUGGAAUUAAUUUAGCGAAUUCAUCUAAGGCCAUCACAGUUUUUGUAUGACCCUCUAUAUAAAUUGCAUCUUUAUAAUUUUAUCACAAUCCAGCAACUUCAGUUAUUUAAUUAUUGCUAAAGGAGUUCAAGUUAUAACUCGAGUGCUUUCUAGUCCAAGUAGAGGUCAGUGAAACAUCCUAUAAAAUUACAUUUUCAUUAGGGAUGGAGAGCUGUGGUACUAACUAAAAAGAAGGGAGUAAUACAUUCACCAGCAGUGCAUUUCUAGUAACCACAGGAAUGUAUUGUCUGUGUGAAUUAAGCCUUCAGAUUUAUCAUUUCUCUGACACAUGUUGGAGUAGUUAUUUCCAGUCUUUCUAUUGUCCUGAGUUGGAUAUUCUGUUCACCUCUAAAAACUUUAACAGGUUUUCUCUAUAACUCUUUAAUAUUAGAUUGCUCCGUUAAUAACUAAUUAAUGCACUUUGAACUUAUCUGUAGUAAUUCUUUUAACUUAGCCUAGCUUAGACUCUGUCAAGAUGGCUGCUGUCAGAGGUUUUAUUUUAUGGACAGUGGGAUGAAGCCUAAGCCAGCUGAGUGCCUAUCAUAGCUGGACCCUGAGGACAGCCUCAUAACUCAUGAAAUAGGGACUUCAGCAGGUUUCAGUAGCAUAGCAUGAACAAGUAGCAUUGAGCCAAAACGAAGCAGAAAAUAGCAAACCCCUAUUACAUACGGAAAGAAAAUGGGGUUUUUUUGGUCCCUAACUACUCUUCCUUUUGCAUCCUGGAACAACAACAAAAACAUUUUCAAACUUGUGUAUCUGUACUCUAAAACACUGCCAUCAUAAAGCAGACUUAUGUGAGUGAAAGGGUUGCCUCAUCCAGAAAUUGUCGGUGUAAGGGGGAGAGUGGGUUCUCCCCAAUCCUAUCUUUAUUUUGAUUUUAUUCUACAUGCUCUAGGAAACGUGGUAUGGUCUCUAAAAGCCCCAAUUGUUUUCAAAGUAGGGACUCUCUGCCCUUCUGUUGGUAGGGGAAAAAGUGCUAUUGCUUUGUCUUUCAGAGCAAAUGCUGCCAACUACCCAUUCGUUAUAUAUGUCUGAACUUCGGUAGUAUGUGGCUAUGGAGAUUAAGCCUUCUAUAAAGACUUCCUAUUGAGAUGAAUGCUCAUAUUGAAAUGUAGUUACCUACAAUAUAUACUAGACAUUUAUGAGAUUAAAUUAAGAGAUAAUGUAAGAAAGUAGACUUUCUUUGUUCUACAUAAUGCUUGAUGAUUCAUUUAGGGACCUAGAAAUAUUGUGUGAAAAUGUAUAAAUAUCACCCAAAAGGCUCUCUGCCCUAUAUUUUUAAAAUACAGAAUAGUUAUAUUUGAAGUAGUCCUGGCCCUAGUUCUAUAGGGCUUGGCUAUUUAAUAUUUUUAUGGAAGAAAAGUUUAGUUCUGGAAAAGGAAAUGCUUGUAUAUAUUUUUGCAGCCUGGGAUCUCCCUUACUCCAUUUCUUCCUUUAAUUUAAAUGGCCACAUGUAUAUGUCUUUCCCUGCUGUGUUAGGAAAAUGGGGGCUGGAUAUCCCAAGAAUCAGAGGUUAUAUAAAAAUACUGCAAAUAAACAGCAGACAUAAAUAUUUACUAAACACUACCUUAAAUUUUGGUCCAAACUGAACAUCUGGAAAUAGAUUUAUUGUAAGUGUUUAAUUAGAGCAAUUUCUUAAAUCAGAACUAAAUUGCUUUUAGAGUCCUUUUUCUUUGUAAGCAUUGUAAAUGCUAAUAAAUCCUGUUAUUAUUUUUUACUGCAUGUUAUGUUGAAAUAAAAACAAAGUAAAGUGA